ACUGCCGGCACUGCUCGCAGGACUUUUGCUCCAAGCACCGCCUGGCCGAGGCCCACAACUGCAGUCAGCUCGAGUCGUGUCGACAAGCGUCUUUUGACAAGAAUGCUUCAAAGCUGCUGGAGGGCAAGUGUGUCGCCAGCAAGGUCUGAACGCACUCCAGCUUGGGCAUCCGGCUCGCCGCAGGCAUGAACCGCCAGCUCCUGCCCCGGUCCGACAUCCUCCCCCGGCGCUUUCCGCUCAGGAGCAGCUGCAUCUGCCAGUUUGCAAGGACCGAAUCGAUGAAGGGUACUCUAUUAUUGCGUUUUGUGUCUGGUUGUCUCUGUUCUGGCUCAUCCCCUCCAUCAUGCGUCCCGCCUGGCGUCCCCGCUGCCCAUCGCCAAUCCGUCCCGCCCCUAUCUCAUCUCCAUUCUCCUUCGCUUUGCACCGCUCUUCCGAAUCCCAUCUCCUUUCUUCCGAAUCCCAUCUCCUUUCUUCCGAAUCCCAUCUCUCUCUUCUUCCUUUUUUUGGUAUCCUUUUCUGAACCGAUUUUGCAUGCCGGCGCAAGCGGAGGGCCUGGCUGGACAUAUCUCCUUCGAAUCUUUGACGGAUUUCCCCGAGCGGCGACUUUCGGAAUGGCGUCUCUGUUUCCGAACGAGGGCAGCCCCAGUCCGGCUGCUUGCGCUCUCGACCCUCUUGUUCUCGCCUCACCUCCCCCUUCCCCGUACUCUUGGUGCUCUGCCCACUCUUCUUGGCUGGCUAUCCCUCCCCCUGGUUAUCGCAUUUCUUUCCCUCUGGCUAUUCCCUCUUGCCUUUCUUCACUCCUCUCAUUUUACUCUCCUUACUUUUGCUCGUAUACUCGCAUCUUGAAUCCCGAGUUUCCCCCUUUUUUUUGGUCGCCUCGAUUGCAGCCGCUGCUGGCGUGCUGGUUCUUUGGCCAGCUCCUGCCCUUACUCCUUUUUACGGUUGCUGGCUGGCGCAAUCAGGUUGUCUUCUAUAUCGCCAAAUGUAAAAUCUAUCGCAUUUGACACAGCAAUGCCCUGCCCUCUCGUGGACC